AAUGCGUUGGACAUCACGGCGAGGAACGCCGAACCAUUCGGUUUACUUUCCGAUAGCGUCUUGGGACCGGCAGCCCGGGUGCCCGGCAACCGUACUGUUGGACCCACUUAAAUUUUCAAACGUCGGCAUAGCUCCCGGCGAGCUGAAACGUCAGACGUCAACCGAAUCGGAUCUUUCACACUGCCCUACCUCAUCCGAUCCGGGCCCUUCUCAUCUCUCGCCGAUCCGUUUUGGCUUUCAAUCUUUUCUACAAAGCCAUGUAGAAUAGAGGACUUCGACCACAAUGUCGACCGAUCCGCAAACCCCGCUUACAGCGGGAUCAAUUCUCAACCUUGAUGUGCUCUUCAACAACCCCGUCUUCGCCGGUGGCAUGGGCCUCGCCGGCCUUGGCGCCGCCGCUGCCUUUGGUCGCCGGGCUGCCAUCCGUGGUGCCGGACUACUGAAGCGUCAGAUGCUGGUCAAUGUCGAGAUCAGCAAGCGUGAUCCCUCAUACAACUGGGUCCUUGCCUGGCUGGCGCUGCCGCGAGACAACACCGGCUUCAUCGCCCAGCGACUGACGCGGCUCCGCAACCUCUCCGUCUCUACCACCACCAAGUCCAUCAACCCCGGCGAGGACAAAGGGAGCUCGCAUGCCGAUUUCCGCGUGCAACCCGGCUUUGGGCGCCACAUCAUCCGGCACAAGCCCGGCGUGUACAUCGCCGUGAACCGGGAGAAGGCGAGCACGACCCAGACGGCAACGGGUGAGCCCCACGAGAUCUUGACCCUCACCCUCUUGUGGCCGCACCGCCAUGUGCUGGGCGAGAUCUUCACCGAGGCGCACCAGAUGGCGCACCGCUUCCACGAAGGCAAGACGGUUGUCUACACGGCGAAGCGCAUGGAGUGGAUGCCGUUGGGCAAGCCCAGGCUCAAGCGGCCCCUUGGGAGCGUCAUUCUCGACAAGGGCGUCAAGGAGAGCAUCGUAGGCGAUGUUAAGGAAUUCUUGGCUGCCCAGCAGUGGUAUACCGACAGAGGCGUGCCAUACCGUCGUGGCUACCUUCUCUAUGGCCCGCCCGGUACGGGCAAGACGUCCUUCAUUCAAGCGCUCGCGGGCGAGUUGGAUUAUAGCGUUGCCAUGAUCAACCUCAGUGAGGUCGGUAUCACGGACGAUUUGCUGGCUCACCUGUUGACCCAACAGCCGGAGAAGAGCAUUCUAGUGCUGGAGGACGUCGACGCCGCGCUCGUCAACCGGAGACCGAGGGACUCUGACGGCUACAGCGGCGGCACAGUGACGUUUUCCGGUCUGCUCAAUGCCCUGGACGGUUUGGCUGCCGGCGAAAACCGGAUAGCCUUCCUCACCACCAACCACAUCGAUCGCUUGGACCCGGCUCUGAUCCGUCCGGGCCGUGUCGACAUGAUGAUGCGCAUUGGCGAGGCAACCAGGCACCAGGCUGCCGAGAUGUGGGAUCGCUACUAUGGUGACAUUGACACGGACCAUUCUGGCCGCGAGAGGUUCCUUAACAGGCUGGACGAGCUCGGACUCUUUGGCGAGAACAACCAAGACCCGGAGGCCCCCAAGAGACAUACUUCGACGGCGGCUAUCCAGGGCCUGUUCCAGUUUAACAAGAAUGAUAUGGAAGGUGCCAUAAAGAUGGCUGAAGGCUUGAUUCCCCGGACCUUUGUGGCCGAAAACCCUCCAAAUGAUGGCAGCAUGAAGUCUCCGGCAUGAACGGGGAUGAACGGCUUAGCACGAAAUCAUGUACGAAUACCUGUAUAACAACACAUUGCCCGAGAAUAGAAAGAAUGAUACCCAUUAUAGCAACUCGUCUUAGAUGCUAUGUUGAAUGAAGUAUUAAAUCUGCUUUACUACCAUUGUCAUCAUGUCAAGGCUAUGUAUGGUGUAUCGUCUGCUCGGAAGUGAACAUCAGUUCUAGAGAGCAUGGUAGACGCGAGUAGCGGGCUCGAAGAAGAGUACAGUAGACGAUACUUUCACUCAUCCCUCUCGCCUGGAACUGUAGGUUGACUGUACAGACCCUGAACAGCCAGGACCAUCCGAAGCCAUCACUCGU